AUCAGCUCCAACCAAGAAAUUACCAACACUCUUGUCCUGACUUGACAACAUGCUCUUGUUCCUCUUUUUGUUUGGUCUGGCUCUGGGUGCCGAGUCUCCUUCAGGUGACCAUGAGAUGAAGCUACAGCGUGGUAACUGUCCCAUGUUCUGGUACAGCUUCAACGACCGCUGCUACAAGUAUGUCUCCACGCGUAUGACCUGGGCUGAUGCAGAGCUCCACUGUGUGUCAGAGAGUGCCAACCUGGUGUCUAUCCACAGUCUGGAAGAACAGAAGUUCGUCAAAUCCCUGAUCAAGAACUUUGACCAUGCUGAGGGAUUCACUUGGAUCGGACUCAGUGACACCCAGAAGGAAGGAAGAUGGAUGUGGUCUGAUGGAUCUGCAGUGAACUUUGUCUUUUGGAAUUCAGGAGAGCCAAGCAACGGAGGAGGAAAUGAAGACUGUGUUCACAACAACUUCGGUACUGGUCUAAAAUGGAAUGAUGUCCCAUGUUCUAAAACCUUUCCGUCUGUUUGUGCUUCUCGCAUAGGCUGUCCUUAGCAAGUGAUAUGGUUGCUAUGGACAACCUGGUGAAUUUCCAACUGUUGUUCUGUUAAAAUUCAAUGGGCCUCAACAAAAAAGUUACAAAUGUUUAUGAAGAAGUCAUUUAUCAAACCUUCAUUUUCACCAGUGUUGGACAUUCAUAAAAGUUUGUCGCUACAGAUAAGACCUGGGCUGAUGCAGAGCUCCACUGUGUGUCAGAGAGGCCAAUCU